CAUUGAAACAUUGACUCUCUUUGAUCCUGAAUUACUUCCGCCCGUAUGAAUAGCGUAUCUACUCACUUGGCUGCAGUAGGCAAAGCUGCAGCUUUACUACGACGUCGGAUGACUGAUCGUUUAUUGCUGACACAGAUAACGCCAUGCAAUACGCCAGCGACGCCGCCGAAUUUCCCGGACGCCCUGCUGGCCUUCUCGAGAAUGUCGGCGGGCGAGAAAACGCCUUCGGGUAUGUCGCCCAGUCAAAACGGCGUGCAGCACUCGGGCCAGCAAGGCGCGGCGUCGCCCAGUCAAAACGGCGUGCAGCACUCGGGCCAGCAGCAAGGCGCGGCGUCGCCAACGCAGCGGUCUAGCGGCGGCCACGCGCAGCAUCACAAUCAUCACUCGAACCACGUGAAUCAUUCGCCAGCGGCCACGGCAACGGCGCAUCAUCAUCAUAAUAACCAACAGCAGUUCGAGCCUCCUCCAAGAUAAGAGAGCGCGUGAGAUGCGCGUCUCGGCAGCGCACCUUUAGUUCCUCAGAGAGCCGAUUAACAAUGCGACACACACUCACGGACACGGACGCACGCACAUCGACAUAUAUACAAGUUUUACACGAUGCCCACAUAUCUUCCGUAGCUUCCGUUUUGUCUGUUGUUUUUUCUUUCCUCCUGGCGUUGCUUUCCGUUUCCUGUGCCGUGGCUGCUAGCAAGUGUGUGUAAACUCUCACUUGCCGAUCGAAGUUGAAAGGGAAAAUAGCAGCAGAUCCCUACGCAAUAUUUCUUUCUCUUUUUUAAGUGUCUUUUAUUACCUUAUACCGUUUUAAUGGAUUCGAGUAUAGAGCCGCGUAACAACCAUACGUAAACUUCCACUUCGGCGACAAACAAAGAAAAGGUUUGGGCGACGUUCGAGUCCUAAUUAUAUAAACAACGAGUUCUAAGUGUAUGUAUGUAUGUUGUGUGUGUAUGUGUGUAUGACUGUCGCUACUCUAUAUAUGUUAACGAGUAGCAACAAACCUGUAAUACUAUAGCAGCUAAAUGAUGAGAUGGAGUUGUCGUACCCCUCGACUCUGAUUUUUUUUACACCAAAAGAGGUGUGUGUAGCUAAACAAAUGAGAAAGGAAGAGACAGGAGGCGUCGAGCGCGAAAAACAGUACAAAACUAAUAACAAUGAGUCUGAUGGCUCGCACGCAAAAAGUGUGCUGUGCAGACCCGCGACCGUUUUCCUUUCUGUACAUAGUCACGCCGGUGUCUGACUUAUGGAAUUUCAUGUGUAAUCUAUGUGUAUAAAACAAAACAAAACUAAAACUUUGUCUCUUAGACGUUAUAACGGUGUUGCGCUGACGAUCUUAGUUGCACACUGUGCGUCGACUCUUUUCUCUUCGUUUGGAAAUUGACGCAGGGGAUGACGCAUUUAUUUGAUAAAGCAGCGACUUUUCGAUACCGCACUCGAUAAUUUGAGGAAGAAAGAAAGAAAGAUGAUAUUUUCCUAAAUACGACAUGGCGAAAGCAUAUAUAUGGGCAGUUUAGAAUUGAAUUUAGGAGUGUGAUGAUGACGGAAGCAUCUUACUCCCAUACACACACAUACCACAAAUCAAUAAAUGUAAAUAUUACAAAAAGAUGCACGCGUCAGCGUGACGUUCGUGAGGAAGCGUAAAUGUCGUUGCGUUCAAUGAAAAAAAUUAAAAAAAUUAAUAAAAAAAAAUAUUCAACGUUGAUGUUACUCGUCGUAAGUGUUAUGAACAAAAAUGAUUAACAAAUGUCCACGUGUGUGUUUUCCCCUCCGCCGCGAGAAAUAAACGAAGAUGGCCAAAAAAAAAGCGAAAAACAAAACACACCGACUGAACGCGGACUGACGGAAAAAAGCCGAGAGUAGCCCGGUUACCCUUGACCCUCUGACGUGCGCACGUGUCAAGUCGCUGCCCCGCGCAGAAUGAGAGAUUAAAGUACUGCCUUCGUGUUUCUUUUCGUUCUUUCUUCUCCGCUCAUCUUCGCGUCUAUCACUUGUUAUCGAUAAUAAGAAGCGUCCCUAUCCCUUCAUCAAUUUUGUAAUCAUUCUUCCCUACUAUACUAUUCACCACAUAAUUAAUGACCGAGCAAUAUCGAGAACGCCUAUAGUAUACAAUCGCACAAAUUUGCUCUUAUUUCUUUGCGUUGUCGUUCUGUAGUUGCGCCAAACUCUAAACGGAAUUUUUAUAUUUGAGAAUUGAGUUCGUAUUAUUUUUUUUCUUUUUCUUUUUGCGACUCGUUGAGAAUAACAAAAAGGGAAGAAACGAUGAGUUUUGUUUCGGCAACUAUGUGCUGUAUAUAAUAGAGAAGCUGUACUAUGGAAAAAAAAUUGUAAAUUAGUUCGUAUAUAACAAAGUGAAAAAAUAUAUAGGAUAUAGUUUGUAUUUAAACGCGAUAUUAUUCAGUCGGUAAUAGAUGUUAUGAGAAACAAACAGUUUUAUAAUGUAGACUUUUAAUUUGAGAGUCAAACUUUCUUGACCAUUAUCAACGUGUAUAAACAAAACAUUGUGAAAGUCAAAAACUACAUCUGUAUAUCGUCUAAAAAAAGGAAAAUUUAUCGAUUUUUUAAGUCAUAAGAUCAGAAUGUCUAAAUAUUCGAUAUUUUUGUAUUUGUUAGACACGUUUUUGAAUUGUUCUGAUAUUAUUGAUAGUAAAAACAACGAUUUCUUCUUCAUAUUUUUUUUGUGCAUAUACAAGAACGUUGCAUAAGUAGUGUAAAAAUGAAGACGAAAGAAACACUUGUUAAUAAUAGUACAGAUAAUAGACUUCUGCUUCAGAUUAUUUGUUGUUUCUGCUAUUUCAAUGAUCUACUGAUUUUGUUUUCUCUGCUGAAAACUUUCAUGACUUUCAGCAAAAGAAAUACAUAAAAUAAUAAUUUAGAUAAAAUGUGUUAAAUGACGUUGCGAUCGAAUCGAAUCUGUUUGUUUUUUCAUGUAAAUAUGCGAUCAUAUGAUGACAGCGUGUGACAAUUAUAUGAUAAUAAUGAUAAGUGAUGGUAUAAAUAGCAACAAACAGAACACUAUGUGUUUUCCCCUUUUAUGAAGAAGAAUGCUUUAACGUUUAUUAAACAGAUAUCUCUUACACGUUUACGGCAUUUAGGCUAUUAUUAUGUUAAUAACUAUUAUUGCUAUUAUUGUUUAUUUGAUUAUUAAUUAUAAACAAUGUUCACUGUACAUAAUUACAAGAGAAAGAAAAAUAUCUGAAUAAAUCAUUAAUA